CCGUGCUGAUGAGGAGGCUAUGAGGAGUUAGAUUUCCUCUAGGCUCGCUUUGACUAGCCGCCGUCUGCCGUACAACCAGAGUGAGAAAAAAAGAGGGUUAUAUAAGUUGAUCUCCCCUUCUCCCCUCUCUCUUCCCCCCAGGCUUGCGACGGAGGCAGGAUAUUAAAAAAAAAAUUACAGAGGUCCGCUUGUAGUGGCUCCCUACCUGCAAAAACUACUAUAAUCAUUCGAGUAACCUACCUAUUCAGGACGGAUCGGAAGCAUCAGGUCUGACCUCGAUAACCCUGCGCACCCCACCUCGUCCACGAGAAAAGGCUUCAUCGCAUUUCCUUCCCUCUCCACAUACUUGCCUACCAUUUGUAAUAGACUUACACACCCCUGCCCUGCUUAUUAUACCUACAUAUCUCAUCUAUUCUCCUAUUCCCUUCCCGACCUCGUCUGCCCUCUCCCCUUUUCCCUCUGUAGACUCGGUGUUGCUAGCUUGUUCCUGACCCUCGGGCAACACCGAUCGUGAUCCAUACCAAUCCCUCCCGCCAUGACGCAAAUAAUCUUGUCUACCGGGAAUAUCAUCCUGGGCGGCCCCUCCAUCAUCCGGAAACCAGGCGGGUAUCGAUCCAACCUCGAAUUCACAAACUCCCUGCGGAGCAAUUUUGCCGCCGCACAACAAGACUACGCCGCUGCCCUCCAAAACGGAAAUGGGAAUAGUCAACCUCAGGCGAACGGGAACGGAGACGAGAACGCGGGCGGCAGUUGGCCCGCGACAGAGGUGUGGACCGCGAAGGAGGGCGGCACCCUGUACGUACCGCGCAUCGACUGGGCCUCGGCCGGCCUGCAGGAGGAUCGCGCGCAGUACGAAAUCACCGUGAAGCUCUUCUUUCCGCCGACGGCCCCGGUGCAGAAACGGGGUGAGUACAUCAAGGAUGCCCUGCAGCUGGUUGCGAAGGAGCUGGGCGUCGCCGACGUCGACCUCCUCAUCAUCGCCUUCCCCGGCAUAUCGUUCGAAGGCGACUGCGAGUGGGAGGCGGACCGGAAGAAUGCGACCAUGGGGGAUGACGAGGAGGAGCUCGCCACCUGGAGCCUGCUGGAGAGCCUGCAUGAGGAGGGUCAGAUCGGCAAACUCGGCAUCGCCGAAUUCGGCAGCGAGAAGCUGCGCCGGUUCCUGGACCGGGUCAGGGUCCGGCCGGCGGUAGACCAGAUCAAUACCAAGAACUGCUGCAACGUGCCGCCACCGCUCACGAAGCUUGCCAGCAACGAGGGUAUCGAGCUGCUCACCCACAACGACCCGACGGACCUGAUACCCGCCGCCACGCUGCGCGACCUGCUCGGCAGCGACGCCCAGGGCGCCGGCGUCCUGGAUGCGGAGGCGGCCAUCGUCCCCGCGUGGGCCGUUAAAUACACCGCCUUCGUCAAGGACCGCGGCGUCAUCGAGAACAAGGGCUACUUCGCAAGCGCCCAAGCUGUAACGAAGGAAGAGAAGGCCGCGGCGGCAUGAGCCGAGGGGAACGC